ACAGGGUGCGAUCACGAAAUCGGAAGUUAUCAGUAGCAAGCCUGAUAAAAGAAAAAAAUUAUUGAGAAAUUGUUCUUCAAAUGUUGGGCGCGUUCUGUUUCCGAAUGAUUUUGUGGGUUGUUUUUUCAAGUUCUUGUGCCUUUUUCUUAGGGAAAUUUUGCUUCUUAUUUGCUGCUGAAAAAAAAAACUCUUAAUCUACCAAUGGUUCUGAUAGAACUAAUUGAAAACUUAAUAAAUAAAAGCCUUAAAAUGUCCUCUCCGCUAGAGGGCUUAUUCAAGCGUCGCCAUCGCGAAUAAAAUUUCGCAAAAAUUUUGAUAGAAUUUUCCGGUUUUUUUCCUUGCUUUGUAUUCCUUGAUCUUUUGAAAAAUAUUUGAAAUAAAACAGGAUCUUUGGAGGAAAAAAUUUAUGUCCUGUCACGUACAUUUGCUGCAAAAACAAACUUUUUUAAAAACGGUCAGCCUUAUUUAGGAUAAUGAGUCAUAAACACCGAAAAUUUCAGUAAUCUAACAUUACCAUUAAACUAAAACAGAAUUCAAGUAAGAUUUUUUUUAAAGAAAUUUAUGCCUCUUACGUUUAUUUCUAUUCUCAUGAUAGUAAAACAGUAAUGGUAAUGUUACUGAUUCGUUUUGUUAGUUGUUAAAAUUAGUUGGAGGUUUUUCUUUUUUUUGCAGGGGGGGGGGAUGAAACUUGAAAGUUGUAAUUUUUGCUGUUUCAGCUGUCUGUUUAUUAUUACUAGCGUAGUUUAGAUAAAUCAUUAAAGCUUUCACUAUCUUUAAAAGAAAGCAUGUUAUGUUAUCCGUUCAAGAAAAAUAUAAUACCAUUAUGUAAUGGAAUUUAAAGAAAGUUUUAAAAAACUUACAAUGGAAAGUAAAUCAUCGUCGUCAAAAAUCGAUGAAAUCAACUAAAGAUUCAGAAGUAGAUUCUGCAUUUAUUAAAUGGUCUUUUUUAAAUUAAAUUUAAAUACUAUAAAGACCGUUAUCUAAAAAUAAUUGAUAAAAAUAGAGUAGAGAACAAUUUUACCUCAAUAUUAUAAAUAUUUUGAUUAUCCAAAAUAAGUCCGAUUCCAACAACUUCAGAUAAUCUAAAUCAAAUAGUACUUGAGAAAAGAAUGUGUUAUAAUAUAAAAAUGAUUAAAAUAAAUUUAUAAUGAGAAAGAAAACAAAUUUGUUCAAGAAACUAAAUAGUACACUAAAAAAAUGGAAAGAAAAACUGAGCUGUUCAAUCUGAAUAGUUGCAAAAAAUCAGAAACGAUCUUUUCUUCAAUUGCGCAAUUUGGAGUAUAUAUAUCAUGUAUAAUAUCAAGUGAGUUAUAAAAUUUUUGUUUCAAAAGCAUCGAUAUUUAGAUUGUAUAAAUAUAUUCUUUCAUGACAUUUUUUCUCGAUCUCUCUAUGACAUUCUAUAAAUAAAAAGUAAAUAAUGGGGUGACAAAAGAACGCCAAGGUUUGACUGUGAAACGCAACUGAAUAUGUAUCUUCUAUCAUUGUUUGAUGUUGAAAAAAUAAGAAUUCCCUCUUGUAAAUUUAUCUAACAUCGAUUAGGAUGUGGAGUGUUUUUUAUUUUAGAUUUAAAAACACACUUUAUUUUUAUGAUAAAGAAAACUUUUCUUGUCGCAUUCUAAUAAUGUACUACAUAGGAAACAGUUACGAUUAAAUUGAACUUUUACGUUUAGUGCUUUUUUUUUGUUUUUAACUAUCGAUAUAUCAUAUAACAUACUUAGAGGAUAUAUGAAUAUGAUAAGUUAGUAACAUUGUUUGCUUACUAUUCUAAGGAAGUGCUCCACUACGCAAUUGAACAUAAAAUUAGGAAUAUAUUUGGUUCGAUGAAAAGAUAAACAUUGUUCUACAUGAGAGCAAAAACUGUUCAACAAUGUAAAAUCCUCAUAGCAUGCUUCGUUAUAAACCUCUUGUAUGGGGCAGUAGGUAGACUUUCUUCUAUCUUCUUUGUGGAAUCAAUAGUCUAUUACAAUGUGGAUCGGAAGAUGGCAUCUCUUCCAUACACCUUGGUCUUCAUGGUGAGAGGAGUUUGUGGUCCAUUUAUUGGAUAUCUUGAACAAAUAUUUGGAAUGAAAUCGUUGAUUAUCCUAGGAAAUUUGCUGGGAACGAUAAGCAUUGGAAUCUGUUUCUUUACAGAAGAUAUUUUGAUCGUAAUACUUUGUUACGGCAUCCUACUUGGAAUCAGCUUCUCAGUUAGUACUCAAUUCUUGCCAUUGAUUAUAAACACAUAUUUCUCUAAAAAUCGUAAUAAAAUGAAUGGUAUAUCAUUUGCCGGAGCAUGUGUUGGCGGAAUUAUAUUUCCGCAGUUAAUGAAAUUCUUUAUAGAUAAUUAUAGCAUUUCUGGCUGUUUUCUUAUAUUUUCUGCCAUUAUGGCGCACUCUUUACCCGCCAGCUUACUACUUCAAAAUCCAAGAGACAAAAAAAAGAACAUUAAUGUCGAAAAGAAAAAUAUCAAACAAUUGGAAAAUAUAAAGCCUCCGUCAUCGACAAUAAAUUUUGUUGAAAGUGAAAUAGAUGAAAGACAGAUCGAUGUAACAAAGAAAAGUUCAGUUUUUACAUUAUAUGAGCCAAAGAAACUAAAAUUAACUGAAUUAAAUGGUGUUCCAAAUCCAGACGAGAAUUCUGGGAAAAUUGCAAAAAAGAAUAAUUUUACUUUCAAGAAUUUCAAGAUCUUCGUGGACCCGGUAUUUAUAACUAUGCUUAUUACCAAUGCUGGCAGUGCCUUUGCAAUGACAACUUUAUGGACUAUAAUUUUAGAUUUUGUUAGAGACAAAGACGUUCCAGUAAAUCUAGAAAUAUAUUACGUCAUGUUACUACCAAUAGCAGAUUUAGUUGCACGCAUUGCGUCAGGAUUUGUGAUUGACAAGAAAAUUUUGAAAAGUCCCAAUCUGACCACCAUUUGUUUCAUUGGGCAGGCAUUAACGUUGACUGGCAUGCUGUUUUCAAAUAAUUACAUCCUACUGAUGUUUGUUGAGUUCUUAUUUCCGAUAUUUUCUGGAUCCAUUAUGAUUCUGCAAAUCGCCUUGGUUCAGGAGUACAUUGAAACAAGUAAAAAGACAAUGGCUAUGGUCUGUAGAGGCCUUUUAUAUGCGCCAUUAAAUUUAACGACUGCUCCAAUGAUUGGCUAUUUCAGAGGUAGCGGUGGAUCAUACGAUGGUGUUUUUUAUACUCUGGCUGCCAUGUCUAUUUUUUGCGGAAUCCUAACCUUUUUCAUACCACGUUUGGCUAAUAGAGGAAAAAUGUCUACCAAGUUAUGAAAAGUGUUUAUGUCAGUGAAAAUGUACAUUUGUAUGAGAAAGAAUAAAAGGUUUUAUUUAAAGGAA